AGCUCCAACAGAAACGGACGCGUGGGUUUUUCUCUCUCUCCGCUUGAUCGUUGAUGGAUAUUAUUUUCUCCUACACGGCGCCCACGAACUAACUCACACGGUGACGGUACCACUUCUCUUCCGUUCUGUUUUUUUUUGUUUUUGCCUCUUUGGAUUAUUCUUCAUCUCGAGAAAAAAAACGUGAAAUGAAAUAGGGAGAGGAAGUACAAGGAGAAGAUAGAGAGAAAGAAAAGCUGGACAUCAGAGCAGGGUUUGGUGCUCCCGCUACACGGCAAGUCACGGACAUGCUUCAGGGAACUUGUAAUUCCAUAUCGAUAAGGGUGGCUCUACCUGGCUCUCUAUCAUGACUGAUGGCGAGGGGAGAGUCCGUUUCCUCUACACCCCCACCCCCUCUACCCCCACCCCCACCUCCUCUACCACCACCCCCAUCCUCACCCUCACUCCUGCCCUCAACGUCCAGCAGGGAGGGGAGGAAAGGCGAUGCCGUGACGGAGAGGUGAGGGUUCUCAUACCGGCUCCAUUUUACCAGGAACACAACCCACACCCAUCACCGUUUUACCGGGAACACAACCCCCCGAGACGUCACCACCACGACAUCGGCUUCCCUGAUGAUGAUGAGGAAGAGGAGGGAGGCAGCAGCACAUGGAGUCCAGGGCCGGAGGAGGAGGAAGAGGAGGAGGAAAGGGAGGAGGAAGGUGCAGGAGUAGCUGCCCGUUGUGUCCCGGGGCCUCCCGUUGUCGUUACCGGCGGUAGUAGUGGUGGUGGUGUGUUCGGUAACGUGAGGAGGGAGCCAGUAACGGAGCCGGUAACGGAGCCGGUAGACCCAGUGGACCUGCUGUCUGAAGAGGAGGAGCAGCAGCCAUAUCCAGCCCUCGCCCCCGUAGUCUUCUUCUGCAUCAAACAGACGACGCGUCCUCGCAGCUGGUGUCUACGCACGGUCUGUAACCCAUAUCCUUUACUGCUGGUCUGUACUGGUCUGUACUGGUAUGUACUGGUCUGUAACCCAUAUCCUUUACUGCUGGUCUGUACUGGUCUGUACUGGUCUGUAACCCAUAUCCUUUACUGCUGGUCUGUACUGGUCUGUACUGGUCUGUACUGGUCUGUAACCCAUAUCCUUUACUGCUGGUCUGUACUGGUCUGUAACCCAUAUCCUUUACUGCUGGUCUGUACUGGUCUGUACUGUUCUGUACUGGUCUGUAACCCAUAUCCUUUACUGCUGGUCUGUACUGGUCUGUAACCCAUAUCCUUUACUGCUGGUCUGUACUGGUCUGUACUGGUCUUUAACCCAUAUCCUUUACUGCUGGUCUGUACUGGUCUGUACUGGUCUGUAACCCAUAUCCUUUACUGCUGGUCUGUCACCCAU